AUGGCCUCCGAACAAACAGAGAUAAAGGACGAGCAGCUUCCUCCUCAGGAAGCUGGUGGCGAUGACGAGGAGGAAAUCGCCGCGAUGAAGCGACGGGUGGCCGAGAUGGAGUCCGAGGCGGCCAAGUUGCGCGAGAUGCAGCAAACGCUCGACCAGCAGUCGGAGAACCUGGCAGAAAAUAAAGAAGAGAUCGAUGCCCGGAGUGUAUUUGUCGGCAAUGUGGACUACGGCGCCUCGCCCGAGGAGAUCCAGGCGCACUUUCAGAGCUGUGGCUCAAUCAACCGCGUGACGAUUCUGCUGGACAAGUUCAGCGGCCAGCCCAAGGGCUAUGCCUACGUGGAAUUCGCAGAGCCGAGUCUUGUGGCCCAGGCGCUGGUUCUCAACGAGAGUGUCUUCCGCGGUCGCAAUCUGAAGGUCGUCCCCAAGCGCACUAACCUGCCCGGCAUGAACCGUGGCCGGGGCCGGGGUGGCUUCCGUGGCGGCCGGGGUCGUGGCUCUUUCCCUCGCGGCGGCUAUCGUGGUGGCUACCGGGGCCGAGGACGCGGCUAUGCCCCGUACUAA